AUGCUUCGAUCUAUCACUCUAUUGCUGGACAUAACUCUUUACUUUCUGACAAAGGUCAUUUACAAUGUUUACUUCCACCCAUUGAGCCGUUUUCCCGGCCCCAUCUCCCAUGCCAUCUCUCGUCUUCCAUAUUGCUACCGCGCAACAACCGGCACCCUGCCAUUUGAUAUAUUGGAAUUACAUAAAAAGUACGGUGAUAUUGUUCGUAUCGCACCGGAUGAACUUGCCUUCUCACACCCUGAUGCCUGGAAGGAAAUCAUGGGCCACAAGAAUGGAGUGCCCGAGAUGGGUAAGGCUGCCUGGUUCUACCGCCCUAUUGAACAAUCUUUGCACAUUGUCAAUGAAGACCACGAAGAGCACAAACAGUUGCGUCGACAGAUGGCGCAUGGCUUCUCUGAGAAAGGAAUGCGAGACCAAGAGCCCAUGAUCAGAAAGUAUGUUGAUAUUUUGCUGGAAAAGCUGAAGGAGGUCGCCGAGCUUCGUGAACCCCUUGUUCUUUCCGACUGGUACAAUUUUACCACUUUCGAUAUCAUCGGGGAUCUGGCAUUCGGUGAACCGUUUGGCUGUCUGGAAGGUUCGAACUAUGACGGCUGGAUCCAAAGUAUUUUUGAUUCAGGACGUCUGGGUACAAUUCUGCAGGCACUGUCCUUCUUCCCAUUAAUUAAAAAGCUCUUGUUGUCCCUCGUCCCUCAGUCUCUGAAAGAUGCCCAACAGAAGCAUAAAGAUCUGACCAAAGCUAAAAUGCUGCGCCGGAUGGCUAUAACUGAAGAUCGUCCUGACCUUAUUGAAGGUCUGCUGAAAAAGAAGGAUGAGCUGAAACUUGUUGCAAAUGCUGAAAUCCUGAUCAUUGGGGGUUCUGAAACAACGGCAUCUUUGUUGAGUGGAGUGACUUACUUGCUCCUCACAAAUUCCGAAGCCUAUGAUAAUUUGAAUUGUGAAGUUCGUUCGACAUUUAAAAGCCAGGAUGACAUAAAUUUGGUUAGCGUCAACAAACUCUCAUACAUGUUGGCCUGCCUUGACGAGGGCAUGCGCAUGUAUCCCCCUAUCGCCAAUGGUCUUCCUCGGGUCUGCCCGACAGGUGGAUCUACUGUCCUAGGUGAAUAUAUCCCAGAAAAUGUAGGUGCCUUCAUGAGUUGCCUAAAGAUUACAAUUGACCGCUCACUUGUGGACUACAGACCUUUCUCUCAAUCCAUCAAUGGGCACUUUACCGUCGCCAUGAGUAUUUUAGCGAGCCUAACACAUACCACCCUGAACGCUGGAUGGGGAGUUCUCAAUUUGCGGCCGAUCGUCGAGAUGCCUUUCAGCCAUUCCACCUCGGCCCAAGAAAUUGUCUCGGAAGAAAGUACGCAGCCAUUCCAGGUCUAA